GGGUCGAGGCACGACUCCGGGCCACAGGGCUGCUGCUUAGCCGGCGGGCGGAGGCGAGCAGCAGGGGCAUGAGGGCGAGCCCGGAAAGCGGCAGCUGAGCCGGCCGGGAAGAGCUCCAGUCCCCGAGGACUCUGAGAGUUCGGGGCAGGGGCCCGGAAGCACAGGGGAGCCGGGCCCUCCCUCAAGGAACGUGUCCCGGGGCCGACCCGGCCCGUAGUGUGGCAGCACCUUCAGAGUAGAAAGAAGCAGGAUAAAUUACACAGCUGGUGCAAGACAGGGCCAGGAUUCAAACCCAGGAAGGUGUAUAUUAGCAUCCUGGUUUUACAGUGAGGAAACUAGAGCAUAAAGAAGUUAAAUAAAUUCCUUGAGUUUAUACAGCUGCCCUAGCUGUGAGAAGAGGAGAUUAUCUGCUAGACUUUGGUGUGUACGUGGACAAGUUUGAGAGGCAGUGUACUGUGCCAGGCUUCCUUUAACUGGAUUUUGGCGGAUGGUAGGUGAGCCUGUGAAACAAUAUGAAGAGGAGAAAAUAGCCUUUUAAGGAAAUUGGCCCACAGAAAGGAUGGCCUUCUUGGACAAUCCAACUAUCAUUCUAGCUCAUAUUCGACAGUCACAUGUGACCAGUGAUGACACAGGAAUGUGUGAGAUGGUUCUCAUUGAUCAUGAUGUUGACCUAGAGAAGAUUCAUCCUCCUUCAAUGCCUGGAGACAGUGGGUCAGAAAUUCAGGGAAGCAAUGGUGAGACUCAGGGCUAUGUAUACGCCCAGUCAGUCGAUAUUACCUCAAGUUGGGACUUUGGUAUUAGAAGACGCUCAAAUACAGCUCAAAGAUUAGAACGGCUUCGAAAAGAGAGACAAAACCAGAUCAAAUGCAAAAAUAUUCAGUGGAAAGAAAGAAAUUCUAAGCAAUCAGCCCAGGAGUUAAAGUCACUGUUUGAAAAAAAAUCCCUCAAAGAGAAACCUCCAAGUUCUGGAAAGCAGUCGAUAUUAUCUGUACGCCUGGAGCAGUGCCCUCUGCAGCUGAAUAACCCCUUUAACGAGUAUUCCAAAUUUGAUGGCAAGGGUCACGUAGGCACAACAGCCACCAAGAAGAUUGAUGUCUACCUCCCCCUGCACUCGAGCCAGGAAAGACUGCUACCAAUGACUGUGGUGACAAUGGCCAGCGCCAGGGUGCAGGACCUGAUCGGGCUCAUCUGUUGGCAGUACACAAGCGAAGGACGGGAGCCGAAGCUCAAUGAUAAUGUCAAUGCCUACUGCCUGCAUAUUGCUGAGGAUGAUGGGGAGGUUGACACAGAUUUCCCCCCACUGGAUUCCAAUGAGCCCAUUCAUAAGUUUGGCUUCAGUACUUUGGCCCUGGUUGAAAAGUAUUCAUCUCCUGGUCUGACAUCCAAAGAGUCUCUCUUCGUUCGAAUAAAUGCCGCUCAUGGAUUCUCCCUUAUUCAGGUGGACAACACAAAGGUCACCAUGAAAGAAAUCUUGCUAAAGGCAGUAAAGCGAAGAAAAGGAUCCCAGAAAAUUUCAGGCCCCCAGUACCGCCUGGAGAAGCAGAGCGAGCCCAAUGUCGCCGUGGACCUGGAGAGUACUUUGGAGAGCCAGAGCGUAUGGGAGUUCUGCCUGGUCCGCGAAAACAGUUCAAGGGCAGACGGGGUCUUUGAGGAGGAUUCGCAAAUUGACAUAGCUACAGUACAGGAUAUGCUUAGCAGCCACCAUUACAAGUCAUUCAAGGUCAGCAUGAUCCACAGACUACGAUUCACAACGGAUGUACAGUUAGGUAUCUCUGGAGACAAAGUAGAGAUAGACCCUGUUACGAAUCAGAAAGCCAGCACUAAGUUUUGGAUUAAGCAGAAACCCAUCUCGAUCGAUUCUGACCUGCUCUGUGCCUGUGACCUUGCUGAAGAAAAAAGCCCCAGUCACGCCAUAUUUAAACUCACAUAUCUAAGCAAUCACGACUAUAAACACCUCUACUUUGAAUCCGACGCUGCUACCGUCAAUGAAAUCAUGCUCAAGGUUAACUACAUCCUGGAAUCACGAGCAAGCACUGCCCGGGCUGACUAUUUUGCUCAAAAACAAAGAAAACUGAACAGACGUACAAGCUUCAGCUUCCAAAAGGAGAAGAAAUCAGGGCAGCAGUGAUGCCGGCCGCCAGCCCCCCUCUGCUGCCGCAGCUCCGAGCUUAGGGGGCCUAGAACCCCACCCCCAGGCCUGUGGUCCUCGGGGGAGGACACCCCUGGCUCCUGGGCACAGGGCCGGUGGGCUCCUGGGGAAGGGGUGGCACCCCUUAGAACGGAGCUGAGGACAUUUUCACGGGGCCGGAGCCUGAGGAGCAACGGCUCUGAUUAGCAGUGCCCAGGGCCAGACAACACCGGGAGGAGCCCGCGCCGCCAGGCACAGUCACUGCCUGUCGCCCCGCCCAAGGAUGUACAUAGCCGCGCCCGGACAUUUCCUUGCAACUUGAUCAAAUUUCUUGAAACAAACGAAGAACAAAAGUGUACAUUUCUUUUUUUCCUUUGAAUAAACAGGUGUACUCUUUAUCAUGGUUGGUAUGACGGACCAUUCUUUGGGGCAGAGGAUCGAUUAUGUUAUUCACUUUAAAAUCUGUUCCCAUAUUGAACAGGCAGAUUAGAAAAGCUAUGGCUCGAUUUCUCAGAAGGAAUGUUUAGGGCUUAGUCAAUAGUUUUAACUAUGCCAUUUGUUUAAAUGAGCGCAAUGCUUUGAGGACGGUAUCUUACUAAA